AUGUCUGAUCAGGAGAGGGAUGAUAUCCCAAUGCUGUUAAGAAAUAUUGAACUACCAAGAUUUCCCAGAAGUACAUCUAUGUGUAUGCCGGUCAGGGACGAGGAUUAUGAAGAAGACACUUACGUGCCCCAUACCGGACCUCUAUCGAGUCAGCCGUCGAGCCAGGUUGCAGCAGCAGGCAAUCCGUUUGUUGUUAGCAGGCACACACCGGAUAAUAGGCCGCCACGACAUCCGCAGGUAAAACAAGUCAGCAAGCCGCAAGCCGUCAUGCCAGAAGACGCUGGAGGAAACAGGUGGUCUCAUGGUGGAGAUAUUCCAAAGAAUGAACAUUUGAUGAUGUCUGGACCUUUGGGACAAUGUGAUAAUCCCGACUGUGUCCAUUGCCCUCCUGUGUGCAAAAACAAGAGGCAUUUCCAACGGGCUCCAAAUCAUUUUGACAAUAAGCUUCAUAAUAUUCUCUAUAGUCACCAUCGUGGUUGGAAGAAGAGAAUUGAGCGUUUCCUUUCGUACAUUCCGAUUAUGAACCCACAUGCGAAGGUUGUUCAACAAUGGAAUCAAUUCUUUGUGAUAUCAUGCCUGGUUGCCAUCUUCAUCGACCCCCUGUUUUUCUUCCUGUUGUCAGUAGAGAAGGAUAAGAAAUGCAUAGUAUUCAACUGGAAGUUGGCGACAGGACUUGCCGUUGUGAGAAGUGUUUCUGAUGCUAUUUAUUUUCUGCACAUGCUUCUUCAGUUCAGACUGGCUUAUGUAGCUCCAGAGUCAAGAGUAGUGGGAGCUGGAGAUUUAGUUGACGAGCCAAAGAAAAUAGCUGUUCAUUAUCUUCGUGGUUAUUUUUUACUUGAUUUCUUCGUUGUGCUUCCACUCCCUCAGGUGAUUAUAUUGGCGAUUAUCCCUAGAUCUUUUGGCUUAUCAACAACAGCAGAUGAUGCCAAGAAUUAUUUGCGUGUCAUUAUUCUUCUUCAAUAUGUCCCCCGCAUCAUCAGAUUUGUACCAUUGCUCGGUGGUCGUCAGUCUGCCACUGGAUUCAUAUUUGAGUCAGCAUGGGCUAAUUUUGUGAUUAAUCUUCUAAUGUUUGUUUUAGCGGGUCAUGUCGUCGGUUCAUGUUGGUACCUUUUUGGAUUACAGAGGGUUAACCAAUGCCUACAAAAUGCUUGUUCUGCGUCAAACAUUUCGUCGUGUAAGGUUUUCCGAGACUGUGGACUCAACUUUGAUAUUGGAGGGCAGAAUGAGCAAAUUAGUCAGCAAUGGUUUAAUGAGCCAGCCUCAACAGCUUGUUUUGACACUGGGAAUGAUACUAAUUUCCAGUAUGGGAUUUAUCAGCAAGCUGUUCUGCUGGCUACGAAACACAGUGCUGUUACACGCUAUGUAUAUUCAUUAUUUUGGGGUUUUCAGCAAAUCAGUACUUUGGCUGGAAAUCUUAUCCCAAGUUACUUCGAAGGGGAAGUCCUCUUCACUAUGGCUAUUGUUGGUUUGGGACUGUUGCUUUUUGCACUACUCAUCGGGAACAUGCAAAAUUUUCUCCAAGCUCUUGGAAGCCGGAAACUAGAGAUGCAACUUAGACGGCGUGAUGUUGAGCAGUGGAUGAGCCAUAGACGACUGCCUGAAGAUUUGAGAAGGAGGGUUAGACAUGCAGAAAGGUUCACCUGGGCGGCCACUCAAGGAGUAAAUGAAGAGGAGCUCUUAAGUAAUUUACCAGAAGAUAUUCAAAGGGACAUACGUCGACAUUUCUUUAGAUUCCUUAAUAGGGUUCGAUUGUUCACCUUGAUGGAUUGGCCUAUCUUGGAUGCUAUCUGUGAUAAAUUAAGACAAAACUUAUAUAUCAGUGGAAGUGACAUUCUUUAUCAAGGUGGCCCUGUUGACAAAAUGAUCUUCAUAGUGAGAGGCAAGCUAGAAAGCAUCAGUGCAGAUGGAAGCAGGGCUCCGUUACAAGAUGGAGAUGUAUGUGGAGAGGAACUCCUCACAUGGUACUUGGAACACUCUUCAACAAAUAAAGAUGGCGGGAAAAGUAGAUUUCAUGGUAUGCGUUUGGUUGCUAUACGUACCGUGCGAUGCUUAACGAAUGUUGAAGCUUUUGUACUUCGAGCAAGUGAUCUUGAACAAGUUACUGGACAAUUUGCACGGUUCUUGCGCAAUCCGAGAGUGCAGGGGGCUAUCAGGUAUGAAUCACCCUACUGGAGGACCAUCGCUGCAGCGCGCAUCCAAGUCGCAUGGAGAUAUCGUAAGAGAAGACUAAAGCGAGCUGAAAAAUCAAGGCCAAGCGAAGAACCCGGUCGUAUACCGGGUACAUGUUCUCAGUAUGCUUUUCAGCCUGGACAGAGGGGGUGA